AUGCUGAUCUUUCUUCCGCUGUGCCUAUUCUUUGGCUUGAUGCUGCCAGCAGACUUCAUGGCGGUAAGUGUAGAUAUGAUAUUCCUGGAACAUAAAUUAGGACUUAUAAAUAAAUUUUCAAUCAAUGUAUUCCAUCAAUGUUUGUUAAUUUUGUUCUUUAAACAAAUCAAGUUCAGCUUUUGAAGAUUAAAUAAAUCUACAUUAAGGACAGGGUGUGAUGUCUAUUUGAUGACCCCACUCUUCAUCAUUGUAUGUUUUUUUUUCUCUUAGAUCCGAUUCAACUUCCCUCAACAGAAAACUGACCAGAACUUCCCACUGAACAUGGUUGAAGACUCAGUUGAUGACAUGUACUUCGGCUGCAGCCAAAAAAUGACGGAAAAGGUCAAGGCUGUGUAUUUUGUUGAAGAAAUGAAAUCUAAGGCAUUUGCAGAUGCAUGGAAUAAAGCAUUAGAGUGUGCUAAGAAGAAACCAAUGGUAGAGGAUAGGGCUCUGACCAAAGAUCACAUGCAAGCCAUCUGUGUUUAUACUGCUAAUGACAUUUACUCAACAUUCAAUGGAGCAGUCAGGACACAGGGAGGCGACUACAGCGCCUUUAAGUUCCACUCUUUGCAUUAUCUUUUGACGUCUGCCAUACAGAUCUUGAACAGCAAUAACCACUGCCAUACUACAUACAGACGAACCUCUGUUAAGUUUACAGGUCAGGAAAACCAAACAAUUCGGUUUGGUUCCUUUGCAUCCAGCUCUUUCUAUGAGGGUUUGACUGACUUUGGUAACGAGACCUGCUUUAAAAUCAAGACCUGUUCAGGGGCUUUUUUGAAGAACUACUCAACCUUUGAUGAUGAGGCAGAAGUUCUUAUUCCCCCUUAUGAAACGUUCAGGAUAACUAAGAAUAUUACUGGUCCCCGUAAGUACGGAGAACUGAAAGACUGCAAAGUUGUCUAUGAGCUGGAGAGUGCAGGAAGUGCAAGUAGGCUGAACUGCAAAGCCGUAUACCCAUGA